GUCGGCUGCGUAAGCGUCCACGGCGGCGGGAGCGCCAGGGGCGUGUUCUGCCCGCGGAUUGGCCGGAAGCAGGCGCCGCUUCGAGGCCCGCGGAAAACGCGCGCCGAGACCCGCUCCUGCGGUAUUAGUUCUUGCAGCUGGUGGCGGCGGCUGAGGCGGCAUGGAUCUCAGCGAGCUGGAGAGAGACAAUACGGGCCGCUGUCGCCUGAGUUCGCCUGUGCCCGCGGUGUGCCGCAAGGAGCCUUGCGUCCUGGGCGUCGAUGAGGCGGGCAGGGGCCCCGUGCUGGGCCCCAUGGUCUACGCCAUCUGUUAUUGUCCCCUGUCUCGCCUGGCAGAUCUGGAGGCGCUGAAAGUGGCAGACUCAAAGACCCUGUUGGAGAGCGAGCGGGAAAGGCUGUUUGCGAAAAUGGAGGACACGGACUUUGUAGGCUGGGCGCUGGAUGUGCUGUCUCCAAACCUCAUCUCUACCAGCAUGCUUGGGCGGGUCAAGUACAACCUGAACUCCCUGUCACAUGAUACAGCCACUGGGCUUAUACAGUAUGCAUUGUACCAGGGCGUGAACGUCACCCAGGUAUUCGUGGACACCGUAGGGAUGCCAGAGACAUACCAGGCGCGGCUGCAGCAAAGUUUUCCCGGGAUUGAGGUGACGGUCAAGGCCAAAGCAGAUGCCCUCUACCCAGUGGUUAGUGCUGCCAGCAUCUGUGCCAAGGUGGCCCGGGACCAGGCCGUGAAGAAAUGGCAGUUCGUGGAGAAACUGCAGGACUCGGAUACUGAUUAUGGCUCAGGCUACCCCAAUGAUCCCAAGACAAAAGCGUGGUUGAAGGAGCACGUGGAGCCUGUGUUCGGCUUCCCCCAGUUUGUCCGGUUCAGCUGGCGCACGGCCCAGACCAUCCUGGAGAAAGAGGCGGAAGAUGUUAUAUGGGAGGACUCAGCAUCCAAGGAUCAGGAGGGACUCAGGAAGAUCACAUCCUACUUCCUCAAUGAAGGGUCCCAAGCCCGUCCCCGUUCUUCCCACCGAUAUUUCCUGGAACGCGGCCUGGAGUCUGCAACCAGCCUCUAGCAGCUGCCUCUAUGCGCUCUACCUGCUUCCCCAACCCAGACAUUAAAAUUGUUUAAGGAGAA